CUGCUGAGCUCGGAGCGGAGGGUGCGCGUCCAGACGCGGCGGGAGCCGGGCCCCGGCGGCUGCCCUCCCCGCGCCGCUCCCGGGCCACAGCGCCACCCGCCCUGCGCCUCGCCCGGCGCCGCGUCUCCCAGGCCGGGGACGAAGGGCGGAGGAGGGGCCGGCGGCAGCCCCCGGCCGGAGACGUAAGCCCCCUGCAGGUGGCCCGCCAGCCUGGGGAGGGGACCUCGGGCCCGGCCGCUGCGUCAGCCGGCCGGUGGCUGCGGGAUCCCCGAGCCCGAGCCCUCAGCCCCGCCACGUUCACGAACCUGCACCCCGAGCCCCGCGGCGCUUUCCGGGAGGGAUUUGCACCGGGCGGUCGGCGCUCUCGGGCGGCACCAUGGCCCGGAGCCUUUUGCAGGACUGGUGCAGGGGGCUGGACGUGGACGUGCACCGGGCCCUGCUGGUCACCGGCAUCCCCGAGGGCCUGGAGCCGGCGGCCAUCGAGGCGGUCCUGCAGCCCGCCUUCCGGCCCCUGGGCACGUUCAGGCUGCGGAGCACGAGGGCCGUGCGGGGCGGGAAGGCCCGGGCCGCCCUGGUGGAGUUCCUGGAGGACAUGGAUCCCGCCGCCAUCCCCAGCGAGAUCCGCGGCGGGGAGGGCGCCUGGAGGGUCCUGUGCAGGGACCGCGAGGAGGACACCAGGGUCCUGCGGCAGCUGAAGCGCUUGCUGCGGGAUGAACGGGUCCCCGGGGCCACGCCCACCGCUCCCGCCGCGGAGGCCGAGGCCCGGGAGGCUGGCCCCCCUCCUCCGGGCGCAGCCAGCAGGGCGAGGAAGGGCCGGCGGAGUCGCCGAAGCAGAGCCAGAGGCCGCAGGCUGGCCCAGAGGGGCAGGAAGCGAGGCCGAGGCGGGCGGCCGUUCCCCGGCGCCAGGCGCGGGUCCGAGGACUCCUCCUCCGACAGCCUGGGCCUCGUGGUGGAGGAGCUGGACGAGGAGGCCCUGGGCGGGCUGGACGCCCAGAGAGCGCUGUACACCACGCUGCAGGUGGCCGCCAGGGAGCUGGUGCGGAAGUGGGCCCUGCAGGGGGACCCCGAGGGCGCAGGCGGCCCCCGGGAGUUCCUGGCCCUGGUGACCGUGACAGACAAGGCCAAGAAGGAGGAGCUGGAGAAGGAAACCCCGGGGGCCGAGUCCAUCAGCCUGAACAUCGAAGACCUGAGCGGCGUCCCCGACCUGGUGGCCCUCCUGGCCGUGAGAGACACGUGGGACGAGGAGCCCGUGGGCAGCAACGCUUGGGAAAGCGAGUCGCAGGCCAGCGGGGACCACGGGCCGGAGGGGGGCCACCCUGAGUUCGUGGCCAUCGUGGCCUACACAGAUCCCGUGGACCCCUCUGCCCGGGAGGAGAUGCUGAAGAUCGCCUCCGUGAUCGAGUCGCUGGGCUGGAGCGACAGGAAGGAGCAGAGCGACGCGCUCCCCGAGGUCCUGUCCGUCAUGUCCAAGGACGCGCGCGGGGCCCGCGUGCAGGUGCAGGAGGCCGGCCGCCAGGUGGACGCGCUGGUCCUGAGGAAGGCCAAGGACGACGGGAACCUCCUGGAAUGCAUCUCCACCCUGGCCGAGCCGGGGCCCCUCCCCCGGGGGAAGCCGGCCCCGCGCCGCCUCCUCGGGGGCUGGGGCGACGAGGAGGAAGGCGAGGUGGGCCUCCUGGAGCUGGUGGCGCUCCUGGCUGCCCGGGACAUGGCCGAGGGGAUGAAGGAAGGGAAGGAAGGGGCCUGGGAGGGUGGGAAGUGUAGAUACCACAAGGGCGGCCUCGGGGAGCUCCUGGCGCUCCUGGCGGCGCGUGAGGACGGGGACUCGGAGGAGGAGUCGGAGUCGGAGGGGACUUCGGAGGGCGGCUCGGAGGAGACGUCUGAGGACACGGAGAGCGAGGCGUCCGAGCCGGAGGACCGGGCUUCCAGGAAGCCCCGGGCCAAGCGAGCCCGCACGGCCUCCAAGGUCCUGUGUCCGGCCGGCGCCCCCUCGGGAUCCCGCAAAACCCGACGGGGUGGCCGAGGCCGCGGCGAUCGGGGCAACACUCCCGAGAAGAAAGCCAAGGAGGAGGCGGCGGGCGACAAGAAGAAGAAGACGGGACGUGCUGGCGCCCGCGCCAAGGCCGGCGAGGCCAGGGGGCAGCCUUCCACCGGCUCCAAGCCGGCCCGCGGGAGGAAGGCUCGCCGGGGCGGGAGGCUGGCCCCCAAGUGCCGCUAGUGGCGCCCAGAGACAGCGAGGCGCGGCCGGCCAGGAGGCCUCUCCCUCCGCGUCUCCUCAGCCUCCGCCCUCCCGGGGGCAGAGCCCAGACUCCCGCUUAGCCGCGCGCUCUGCGCCCUGCGCCCUGCGCCCUGAGCCCUGCUGUGCGCCAGGCGCCUGCCCCCGGUCUCACCUUUACCUCCCAGUCCCUCCUUUGCAGGUGGCGCGAGUGAUCCUGAUGGAAGAAGGAGAAAAAAACGGGCAUCCCAGGCAGCAGCCCCAGGUGAUGGGACCGUGUCUCCAAGGGCACCGGUGGGCGUGGCUUUGGGUGACCCCUGUUAGCAUGGGGGUGAGUGUGGCCCUGGACGCGGGCACCUGGGAAGGCCAGCGGUGCCAGUGAGUUCUUUCUGGCUCUUCGUGGUGCCCUGAAGGUUCCAGACACGUGCUUCUGGCCAGCAUCUGUGGCACCCCCCCCCCCCCAAUCUGAUGGGGCCUGGGUCUGUGAUGGAGGCUUGGCCACCAGCUCGCCAGUGAUGUCAGGGUGAACCUGAGCUCCCUGCCUGGAAGGGGAGGAUUAGAGGCCUAUGGCGGCUUCCCUGGAAGGGGACCAGGGGAGGAGUGGUCACCUGUUACCCCAAGCUGGGGAGGAGGAAGAGGAGGAGGAGGGGGGGGGGGGAGGAGAAGGAGGAGGAGGAGGGGAGGAGGAGGAGGAGGAGGUGGAAUCAGGAGAGACACCAGCCCUGCCCACCUCUGGAGCCGCUGAUGCAGAUGAAUCAGCAAUAAGGCCAAGGCCACCUGCUGGUGCCCACAGGCUGCACGCAGACCCACAGUGAUUUCCAAAAGCCCUAAUUAUUUGCCAACCUCUUCAGUGGCAGCAAUUCCCAUCCAGGUUACUGGCUUCUCUCUGCUGUGCCAGGCAGCGCCCUCCCCAGGCCUGUGGCCCCCCUCCUCCCCUCCGUAUUCCCACCAGUUGCCCGUCCCCUCCCCUGGGCUGACCAGUCUCUCAGCACGUGGCUUUGCAGCCCCUGACCAAGGUGAUAGGGGCGCUCAGGUGACCGUCUGAGUGAAUUUAAUGCCAGAGAGGAACCUGAGGGACACCCAGGGGCAGGGGCCUGUCCUGCCUGUGUGCGAGGUGACCAGGGUCCUGUGCUUAGAGGGGAGGACAUGUCCCUCGAUUUGCCCCCCUCCAGCAGCCCGGCCUGCGCUGGCAGGUCAGCACCUGCCGCCCCAAGUGCUGUCGUGUCCUGUCCACGGGGUGACCUGUGCAUCGGCCCCCCUGCCCAUCUCGGUGUUUCCCUCAGCAGCGAUCUCCACUGGCGCCCCUCCAAGCCCUCCUCCUGGGCUGUGUGUGUCUGUGACCCAGUUCCCGUGCCCAGGAGGUGCCCAGCCCAUCAUGCCAGCUGGGUCCUCCCCGCCCACCUGGAGGACGGCAUGGCGCCUGGGCGUGUCCUCACAGCCCGAACGGACUGUCCCAGCCCCACUCGGGACACAGACUCGGAGCAGCGUGCAGGUGGCCCCUUGGGCUGCGGGGACCUCCCUGGGACAGACAAGCUCACCUGGGAUGGGGUCAGGGUGGGCACGGAGCGGGAGAGGCGGCCUGUCCUCCCUGGGGUCCCCUGGGCUCCGGGGCCUAGCCGGGCUGAGCGACUUCCGGAGGUGCCUGGGCUGGGAGGCCCCGUGUUGCUGACUCCUCCCUGUGGUUCAGGCCCCUCUCCUGUGCACUGUCACCUGGGACCCCAGUAAAGUGAAUUGAGUGUG